AUGAAGUUUGGUAGUGUUGAUGAAGGAAUAUCAAAAAUAAAGCAUAGACUCUCUCACAAAAAGAUUUUGUUGAUUCUUGAUGACGUUGAAGAAGUUGAACAGUUAGAACAACUUGCAGGAGGGGCUGAUUGGUUUGGUUGUGGAAGCAAGAUCAUCAUAACAACAAGAAACAAGCAAUUGCUAGUUGCACACGAUCUUAAAAAAACAUAUGAAAUGAAAGAGCUGAAUGAGCAUGACUCUCUUAAACUGUUUUGUUGGCAUGCCUUUCGAAUGAGCCACCCUCCAAAAAGCUACAAAAGUAUGUCAAUUGGUGUUACAGAUUAUGUACGUGGCCUUCCUUUGGCCUUAAAAUUGAUAGGCUCCAAUUUGAGACAUAGAAAAUUAGCGGAAUGGAGAUAUACACUACAACAAUAUAACCAAAUCACUGGAAGAACAAUACAUGAGAUAUUGAAAAUAAGCUAUGAUUGCUUACAAGAGGGUGCUAAGCGUAUUUUUCUGGACAUUGCUUGUUUCUUUAAAGAGGAGAAUUUGGAAUAUGUUGAAGACAUACUAGGAGCUUGUUAUUAUGGGACAAGGUUUUAUAUUGAAGUUCUUGUUGAUAAAUCUCUAAUAAGUGUUUGCUGA